AUGAAGCCCGUAGGUCCAUGUCCCCUCGCUCAGGUAGGCUCCGAGCUUGUGGCUACCGUCCCAGCAUCUAGGCCCACGCCUGCGCUGAACCCGUCCCCCCUCACCACCUUCACAUUGCAUAGGGUCCCGGAGGACCAGGUGGGGGCGAGCAAGGAGGACGUGAUCCAAGUCAGGGCGAUGAACGAAUGGCUGAAGGAGGCGUAUGAUGCAAGCGAGGCACUGGAGAACAAUGUCCGAAGGGCUUGUGAGAUUGGGACCCACUAUGCCACCCUAGAGAAGGAGGUGCUGCAGAUUCUCGUAGACUUGGAAACUGAGAAGCACAAGAGCAAACAUCUUGCCAAGGAGAAGAACGCCUUAGGAGAGAAGAGAAGCCCACCGACCGCGCCAGGCCAGGCCACCCGGCCCAGCCGAGCAGCGACCAGCGUCCGCCAGCCCAGCAGCGGCCUCCCUGCGCAGCGCCCGCGAACCGCCUCCCGCUCGUUCGCCCGCUCGGAGCCCCGAUCGGCUGCCGCCUCUCUCUGCCGCCGACAGGUGGGUCCCACGUGUCGGGUUCGUCAUCGAUCUCCCGCCGGAGUCCCGCACGCGCACGCUCCGCCGGCCGACGCCGUGCUCAACCCGGACGCCUCCCUCGCCUUGCCCCUCGCCCAAGGCGACCCACCUUUAUAUAGCCUCGGCCCCGGGCCUCUUUUCCCUCAAACUCACAGCGCACGAAGCCCCUCGCAGCCACCGUACGAACUGGCCAGAGUUCCCAACUCCGACGAGAUCCGCCGCACCGCCCCGCACUCCACCGCCACCCUCGCCCGACGCCACCACCGUCGGAUCCGCCUCGCCGAGCCGCAUCACCCGGUGCCGCCGACCACCGGAGCCGUCGCCCCGCACGAAGCCGAGCCGCCGCCGCCGUUUUCUUCUUCGCCGGUGACCCCACCGCCGCGGUAG